AUGACUUCCUGGCUCCGGCUCCCUCGGUGUCUCCUGCUCGGCUGCGUGGUGCUCGCUGUCUGCGCACAAGCCUCCAGUGGUGCCGGUGACAGUGCUUGCUGGUCUCCUAGUAUCACUACAUGCACAGAGUGUCUCAGAAGUGGACCACAGUGUGCCUGGUGCUUCAAAGAGAACUUUCAGGAUGGGUUGUGGCCAGGCCAUCGCUGCGACCUGCCAAUGAACCUGCUAAGAAGAGGCUGUGGUCCGGAGCUAAUGGAGCAGUCAGAGGUCAAAGUGGAGGUCAAUGCCACUGUCGGCAGCACACAAGUGUCCCCAGCCGACAUCAGCAUCACCCUCACACCAGGUUCUGAAGCCAGCUUCAUAGUGGCUGUGAAGCAGCUGGACCGUUACCCCGUGGAUCUAUAUUACCUGGUGGAUGUAUCAGCCUCUAUGCAGGAAAACCUGGAUCAUCUGAAGACAGUUGGCGUUGCUCUGUCUCUUCGUAUGACUGAGCACUCCUCGGACCUUUGGCUUGGUUUCGGCUCGUUCGUGGACAAACCCGUUUCCCCUUACAUUAAUGUGCAUCCCUCCAAGAUCAACAACCCCUGCAGUGAUUAUGAGAUCCGCUGUCGCCCGGCCCACGGCUUCCACCACGUCCUCAGCAUGACAGGAAACAUGAGCGAGUUCACGCGCGUGAUUAAACGCCAGCGCAUCUCCGGGAACAUGGACACACCUGAGGGGGGGCUGGAUGCUAUGUUGCAAGCUGCUGUCUGCCAGCGGGCGGUAGGUUGGCGACCAGAGGCCAAGCGUCUGUUGCUCCUGAUGACGGACCAGCCAUCUCACCUGGCCCUGGACAGCCGGCUGGCAGGGAUUGUCACCCCUCACGAUGGCCUGUGUCACCUGGAGAACAACGUCUACACAGGGAGCACCAGGAUGGACCAUCCCAGCGUUGGUCAGUUGUCCGAUAAGCUGCUUGAAAACUAUAUCUACUCCAUCUUUGCUGUUGAGAAGCAGCAGUACCAGUGGUACGAGGAGUUGGUGCGUCUGCUCCCUGCUUCCUACCUGGGAAAGUUAGGCAUCUUCCAGGCUUCAAACCUUAUCGAGCUGGUGGUGGAUGCAUACAAGAGGCUUUUGUCAGAGGUCGCGGUGUCAGUGUCAGUGGAGGACGAGGCAGUCAGCAGGUACUGGGUGUCCGUGUCUCCUCUCUGUCCUAACGGGUCCACUGCCAAGGACCAGGCCUGCUCGGGGGUGCAGCCCGGCCAGACGGUUUACUUCAAUAUCACCAUCGGCCUGCGCUCGUGUCCUGAUGAUGGUGAAGAUGAAGACGUGCGAGUCAUGGUUCAACCCUUGGGUUACAAUGAAUCCACUGUCAUUAGGAUUCACUCAAAAUGUCGCUGCAGUUGUGGACCAACAAUGCGCUGUCACGAAGACAACCAAUCACCAUGCACAGGCACCCAGGAGGGCGCCAAUCAGGAGCAGAGGCCAGACCACGGAGAUUCAAACUCGAAUUGCAGAGCUGAUGGGUCUGAUGUGGACUGCAGUGGUCGGGGAGAAUGUGACUGCGGGAGGUGUGUGUGUGAAGAGAGCAGGCUCGGGACAGUAUACGGGAAAUACUGUGAGAGGGACGACUUCUCCUGCCCUUAUGAAGGGGGAACUCUGUGUGGAGGACGGGGUGUGUGUGUCUCAGGUAAUUGUCUGUGUGACGACGGUUGGACUGGUGAAAGCUGCGGUUGUCUGGUCUCCACAGCAACCUGCCAAUCAGCCAAUGGCUUGCUAUGCAGCGGGCGGGGGAAAUGCGUGUGCGGCAAGUGUGUGUGUGACGACCCCCGGUACUCCGGGGACUUCUGUGAGAAAUGCCCUGCUUGCCAAAUCACCUGCCAAUCAUACGGGAAGUGUUCGGGCUGCAGCUCUUCACAGGCUCUUGCACAGAGAGAGGCGGGACCCUGCAACAACACCUGUGCAACACUGAGUGGCUACAUGGACAGUCCUUCAGAGUGUACGAGCAACGGCCGGUUGGUGGGAACGUUCCUCAGCGUGUGUGCACUGACGUUGCUCUGUGGGCUGGUGGUGGUGGCCGUCUCCCGCUUGCUUCUACAAAGAAAACGUGGCUGGUCACCAGGGGGCACUGUUGAGGACAGAGUUUAUCACUGCACUGGAAAGGACCUGUCCUACAUUCCAACAACCAAUGAGAAGACAGUUACCUACAGGAGGGACCAACCACCUGACCGCCCUGUGGAGAUGCACAUUCAGGUUCCCAAGAUGCCCCUUGGUGACCCCUGGCAGUACUAGGCCGAGGUCAGAGGUCACGGCCAGAGGGAAGGUACAAGAGACUAGAAGGAGAGUUGGACUAAAAGACUUCUCUUCUGUCUCAGAACCUUCGUAAAACUUAACCAGCUGUAUGUGGAUACACUCAUAAUGGUUAAAAACUAUAAACUGCCCAUGGUCUCUUAGACUGUGUGACGAACGAGGCCAGUAUUCAGGAAAUGGAGAUGAAACUUCGAGCACAAUUCCCCCGACCUCUUCUUCCUCUGUAGCAGCAGCAGCGAGGCUUCUUCUCCUUCUUUAGGGUACAGGACGAUCCGUUCGCACUUUUUUAACCACGAAUCUCGCAAUUAUUGCUCUAAUUUAUGGGGCUGUGUGUGUGUGUGUAUGUGUGUAUGUGUGUGUGUGUGUGUGUGUGUGUGUGUGUGUGUGUGUGUGUGUGUGUGUGUGUGUGUGUGUGUGUGUGUGUGUGUGUGUGUGUGUGUGUGGGAUGCUAAGAUAGAUACUUUGGUGCUCUAUCUCUGCUUUCUAUUUACAGUAAAAAACACUACAUGUUUUAGAGGCUCGACUGUAUGACACUCCAACUCCCCCAACUCUACUGUCUUCCUGUUUUAGACUGCCCCCUUGUGGCCAGCUUGAGGUACGAAAUUUCCCCUCAAAUAAUACUGUGGACACAUUCCUGACUUCUGCUGAAUUGAUUUGGGUGAUGAUGAAACUGUUAUUGAAGCACACAUGUGACUCUUUGAUAAGACUCACAUGUGGUGUACACCUGCUCUUAAAGUGUUUUUUUAUGUCCAUAUAUAUUUGGUUUUGUUAACCGAUCAACUGCAUUGAAAAUGUUUGUUAUUUUAUGGCAUUUCACUAUCAAUUUAUAUAUAUAUAUAUAUACGUAUGACAAUAUUGUUUCAUAUGACCGUCUGGUUAGACUUGCACUUGAACAAUUGUUUUUGCAUUAUACUACUGAAAACUGUGAGGUCUCUAAGGCGAGAGAGCCGUAAUGGCGGGUCUGAAAUGAUUUGUUUGCUAUUCUUUGGGCAUUAGAAGGCAUGCGAGUGCGUUCGAAGCUAAUGUAACACAACCACAACACUGGAAUAACAAUGGACUAAAAAUCAAUAUGUUAAAUACUGGUGGUAAGUGUAUCAUCAAAUGACUGAACAUUCGACCUCUGUAACAUCGACAGAAACGUGUGCAUGCAUCUGCUGAUCAUCACUAUCCAGAGCUGUAAAUAUGUUUAGAGGCUGAGAGCAGCUCCUGGGCAAAGGUACAAAUCAGCCGUAAAGGUACAGAGGUGGACAUUCUCUUCUCACACUCCUCAUGCACUAGAUCCUCUGGAUCCACAAUGCCAGUUGAAUGGCAUCUUCUGAGACUUUUGCUUCCCCCAAUCCUGUUCUUUUUUAUUUAACGUAAACCUGUUUACAGCAAUAGCUGAACACUAAUUAUUAUUUAUUGUGAUUUUAUUAUUAUUUCUCUCUUUUAUUCUGAUAUGUUAUUUGUGCUAUUUUAUGACAAGGCUACUUGGGUAAUGGGUAGUGAUCCCUCUUUGUGUUUAAGAAGACUGGUCUCUCUUCCUGACCGAGAAUAAUUCAGCAAUAAGAUAAUAAUCAUCUCAUCUCAGUUUGGAGUAACAACAGCACUUUUCUGUGUAGUUUUACUGUCAAAUAAUGUGACUGUAGUUGCGUAACAUGAAGGAUUUUGUCACAAUAAAAAUGUGCAAGAUGUUUUUUAAUAAUUUCGUGUGUUUUGCAGAUUUUCUGCACCAUGUUGUGUUGCAUUUUAUUUAUUCAUUCUUUAUGAAAAGUUUGUUAUCAAAAAAUAUUUAGUUCA